GAAGAGGAAGAAGAAGAAGGAGCAGACGCGAAGGCAGAAGGAAAGGAGAAGAACCAAAACAAAGUCGAGAGACGACACGCGAUCCAAAAUAUAUCAUUAAUAUAUCAACCAGCUAUACCAGCUUUACCAUCAUGCCUCGUAAAUGUGUUGUACCAACUUGCCACAAUAUACAGUGUCGGCCUGCAGGGACUCGCGUCAUGUUUCACAGACUGACUGCAGGCAAUAAGGAGCGGAUGAGACGAUGGCUGACUGCUCUGAAUAUGAACCCCAACACACCGCUCUCAGACGUGAAGAAGAUGCUGAUUUGUUCCGAGCAUUUUGUCAAGGACGACUACUUUGAAAGAAUGCAGCAGACAACACGCACAAUGAGGCUUAUCCUAAAGGGCACGGCCGACCCAUCAGUUGGCAUUCCCCAGAGAGGACCAAGGGCAGCACCUGAGGCUGAGGUGAGUCCCCUGGCAUCAACAUCUGGAAAAUACAUUGACCUGGCCCACAGUUGGACACAUCAAUCUGACAUGAUGUCAUCGUACACAACGACAAGCAGUGCAAAAACAAUGCUCUUUUUUCCUGAAACAAGAGGAAAAGACACCACAACAGACUCAUCCGCCUUGGACAUCAGCAUGACUCUGGAGGUUGCCAGUGAUCCUGGAGAUUUGAGUUUUGUUCCCUUCACGAACCCCUCAGACUCAGACAACGGCUCAAGCUCUGGAAGCACAACAGCAUGCACAAAGGGACAAAUAAGAGGAUGGCGUGACAGGCAGUGGAUUGUGAGCGAGUCCAGUCUCAUGGAACUCUUCAAAAGAUGUAAUGUUUGUGGAGCCGAUGCGUUUGUCGAGAAGAUAACACCAGCUGGCAGCAGAAUCCAAGUGACGUGGAAUUGUCUCAACAAACACACUGGAGACUGGGAGUCCUGCCCAAGUGUUUGUGGGAAAUAACCUUGUUGCAGCAGCAGCAGUCUUCUUGACCGCUGCAACUUCCAGUGACAUUGCUGAUUUUAAGUAACUGCCACCCAGUGUACAAAAAGAGUAUUGCAAUAAAAUAAACACCAAGGAAAGUAAAUGGAUAAAUGGCUCUUAAAGUUGUAUCAUUGCAACGCAUAUGAAUCCACCAUUGAUUAUGCUGGAUGCUGUCCAUGGUGCUGAAGAGCUGCAGCGUGUAAUGAAUGUGGACAAAGAUCCUCCAAAAUAAUGUAGCUGAUUUUAUCAAUUUCAGUGUAGCUGAUAUAAUUGAUGUGGUUCUGUGUUAUUACUCUAUUGAAACUAUGGUUUAUUUAAUGCAACCGAUGUACACUUAUGUUUUUAAAAGGCUAACUGAUGUUGUCACUAAUUAUUAUAUCAACUAUAAUUAUUACAGUUUCCUAUACAGAAAACACAUGCAAGUAGACAAAACACAAGCAAUUUAAGAAAACAUCAUCGAUUUGAUAAUACAUGCGCAACAUUUAGAAAACAUGCAUCAAAUUCAGACAACACGACACAAUACAGAAAUAUGCAGCAUUUAGAAAACCUAAUAUGCUGCCUCAUGGUAGGAAAGCACAUUUCAAAGAGCUGCAUCUUGGGUGUGUGAAUGUUUUGCAAUCUCAUCUUGCAUUGCAUGAAUUGGUCUGAGGUGUAAGCUCUACCUGCAUGUAUUUAUCAUCUCUUCAAAAUUUUAAUAAGCAUCAGUAAGGAAGGCUUAAAGAUGAUGCAUUUCUCUUUGGAAAAAAAAGUCAAAGCCUGUAGUUGUUAGAGAAGAAGUAGUUAUUUUCUAUUAUCUGCAUCUUAAAUUUAAUUAUUGAGAUAGAACCUGUUGUUUUCCGUCGCUACUUGUUUCAAUAAUCCACUCACUCAUAUAGUUUACUUCAUACACUGUCAUUGCUCUCUUAAUGCCUGACAAUGGAUGCUGUAUUUCCUACCCUUUUUACAGCUGUCACUAAGACUUUUCCCUCAGGUGUGGAAGAGACUUCAUUGCCUGUUAAAAAGAAGUUGAAAAGUCAAAAUAUUUUUUGUGUUGAUAUGGUGUAGCUUGCUUUGUUAAACACAAUGGGGACUUUGAACUGUAAAACAGCUAGUUUUGCUUCCACUAAGGGAUUAUAUAUAUCUGAAUGAACCAAAGAUUAAAGUGUAUAAUAUAUUAUCAAUAUUAAUCAGCCAAAGCGUUACCUCAAAAUUGGAAUUUGACUCUGUGUAAAAAAUCACAGCUGGGAAAUCUGAAGAGGCCAGCACGACUAAAAGGCAAUGGACCAUGUCUUCUCCCUUUUCCACUUCUUUAGAGGAAAAGAAAAAGAAGAUAAAAUUACAAAAUGAAAGGCAAAAUAAAGAUAAUUAUGUCAUAAUGUUUACAUUACCAA